CAGCAGCUCCAGCUCGGCGUGCACAUGAGGACAACCUGACGAAUCCUCAUCCGUCCGACCCGCCGGGGUCGUGUGUCCGUGUCACAGCACAGCUGUCGGCAAACCAGCAGUGACGGCCAUUUUGGGGGCCUCCAUCUGCUCGCUGCUGCCUGGAGGAAGUUUGCGUGUGCUAGACUAUGAGUGGAAGUGGCGCCCACCCUAUGAGCGGUGAGGGUCUAAUCCAGGGGACCUUGUACCACUGGCACUUUUACAGGAGGCCCUGGCGGAGAACCAACACCCCACCGGCUUCUGAGCAGCUAUUGGACAAAUACAAAUGGCAGACAUCUGCUCGCCAGGCGCCGAGGUCAGCCGGUACGUCCACUCCCGAGGGCAAAGCACAAACCAUGGAGCCUACUCACCGGCGGCUGCUCAGCCUGCCGAGGUUCGGCACCCUCCCAAACCCAAAAAAACGUAGCGGGGAGCCCGGCGCCCUGCAGAGGAUCUUUCUCCGGUCGAUGUCCGAGCCCGGCGCCGACAAUGACAACAUAAGGGAACCGCUCAGGAAGGUAGAAUCGGACGCCGAGAGGAGCAUGCCAUCCGUCAGCAACUUCUUCAGCUCGCUGUCUCGAAGGAUCAGCAAAGUCCUGAGGGAGGAAGGCGGAGGCAGCGAAGAUGAAGGAGGAGAGGACGAUGUUAAAGGUCCUCCGGCUCACCGAUUCUCCUGCGGUCAGAGCCCGUACACCGACAGCGGCUCCUGGGACAGGAAGUUCUGCAUCCUGACCGACACCCAGCUCAUCCUGCUCAACAAGGAUGAUGAGCUUGCAGGUGACGCUCAGGAGAGCCCCACAGACUCGGCGAAGGCUCGCAGCCUCCGCAGGACGGUCAGCGUCCCCUCAGAGGGACAGUUCCCGGAGUUCCAGGCAGAGGGCGCCACCGCCAUGCUUGAAGUUCCUUCGGAGAGAUCUCCGAGAAGGAGGAGUAUUUCCGGUUUGGGGAGCUCGGAGAAGAGCGUCGCAGUCGACAAUCCAAACACGUCUCCGUUCAAAGUGCCGGGGUUUUUCAGUAAACGUCUUAAAGGCUCCAUCAAGAGGACGAGGAGUCAGACCAAACUGGACAGAAACACCAGCUUCAGACUGCCCUCGAUCCGGCCCGCCGAUGCCGACAGAUCUCGCGUGCUUCCCAAGCUGAAGGAGUCGAGCUCCCAUGAGUCUUUGCUGAGCCCGGGCAGCGCGGUGGAGGCUCUGGACCUGAGCAUGGAGGAGGACGUGUUCAUCAAGCCUCUGCACAGCAGCAUCCUGGGACAGGAGUUCUGCUUCGAGGUGACGUACUCGGGCGGCAGCAAGUGUUUCAGCUGCACGUCGGCCUCAGAGAGAGACAAGUGGAUGGAGAACCUGAGGAGGACGAUUCAGCCCAACAAGGACAACUGCCGGCGCGCCGAGAACCUGCUGCGACUCUGGAUCAUCGAAGCCAAAGACCUGCCGCCUAAGAAGAAAUAUUUCUGCGAGCUGUGUCUGGACGACGUCCUGUACGCCCGGACCACCAGCAAGACCCGCCACGACAGCCUGUUCUGGGGCGAGUACUUUGACUUUUCCAGCCUGCCCGGCGUGCACAGCAUCACCGUGCACAUCUACCGCGACGUGGACAAGAAGAAGAAAAAGGACAAGAACAACUACGUGGGCCUGGUCAACAUCCCGGUGGCGAGCGUGACGGGCCGGCAGUUUGUGGAGAAGUGGUACCCGGUGAGCACGCCCACCACCAGCAAGGGCAAAGGCGGCGGGCCGUCGAUCCGCAUCAAGUCGCGCUUCCAGACCAUCUCCAUCCUGCCCAUGGAGCAGUACAAGGAGUUCGCCGAGUUCGUCACCAACAACUACACCAUGCUGUGCUCGGUGCUCGAGCCCGUCAUCAGCGUGAAGAACAAGGAGGAGAUGGCGUGCGCACUGGUCCACAUCCUGCAGAGCACCGGCAGGGCAAAGGACUUCCUGACGGACCUGGUGAUGUCAGAGGUGGAUCGAUGCGCCGACCACGACGUCCUGAUCUUCAGGGAGAACACGCUGGCCACCAAGGCCAUCGAGGAAUAUCUGAAGCUGGUGGGACAGAAAUACCUGCACGACGCGCUCGGCGAGUUCAUUAAAGCUCUGUACGAGUCGGACGAGAACUGCGAGGUGGACCCGAGCCGAUGCUCCACCGGAGACCUGGCCGAACAUCAGAGCAACCUGAAGAUGUGCUGCGAGCUGGCCUUCUGCAAGAUCAUCAACUCCUACUGCGUGUUUCCUCGCGAGCUGAAGGAAGUGUUUGCCUCGUGGAAGCAGCAGUGCGUCGCCCGCGGCCACCAGCAGGACAUCAGCAAGCGCCUCAUCAGCGCCUCGCUCUUCCUGCGCUUCCUCUGCCCCGCCAUCAUGUCGCCCUCGCUCUUCAACCUCAUGCAGGAGUAUCCCGACGACCGAACGUCCCGGACGCUCACGCUCAUCGCCAAAGUCAUCCAGAACCUCGCCAACUUCACCAAGUUUGGAAACAAGGAGGAGUACAUGGCCUUCAUGAAUGACUUCCUGGAGCACGAAUGGGCGGGGAUGAUGCGUUUCCUGUCGGAGAUUUCCAACCCGGAGACGCUCACCAACACGCCGGGUUUCGAGGGCUACAUCGACCUCGGCCGCGAGCUGUCCGUGCUGCACGCCCUCCUGUGGGAGGUCGUCUCUCAGCUCGACAAGGCCACCAUAGCGAAGCUCGGCCCGCUGCCGAGGAUUCUGGGAGAUAUCACUCGCUGCCUGGCCGCUCCAACGCCCGUCCAGCAGCAGCUGCGGCGCUUCCAGGACCACAGCUCUGCCCACAACAUCAGUGGCAGCCUGUCGUCGGGGUUGCAACGAAUCUUUGAGGACCCCAGUGACAGCCGCAGCGAGGUUCGCAGUCUGCAGACACCGGUUCGGGGUCAGCGCCCCUUGUUGGCUCAGCAGCAUCACUCCAACCACACCAGUUUCUCCGACCAGGAGGAGCGCGACACGCUGCUGCCCAACGGUCGCAGCAUCUCUCUGGUUGACCUGCAGGACGCUCAGAGCCUCCACGGCAACACGGGGCCCCCGCCACACCACGAGGCCCCGCCCCGCCUCAGCAGGGUUGGCUCGCAGGCCUCCGUCGGACAUGCCGUUGCCCCGGUUACCUACUCACACUCCAACCCUCUCACACCUCAGCCGGCACCACACCAGGCCAAAGUCCCGCCCAGAGAUGGACAGCCGCAGAGCGCUCCGCAGGUGAGGCGACCGCUGCACGCCUCCGUCAGUCAGCAGCGCAGCCUUCAGCCGCUCUCGUUCCAAAACCCCGUCUACCACCUGAGUAACCCCGCCCACAGCAUGUCAACACGCUCUGCCCACUCGCUGCGGCAGGACUCCAGCUCCGAGAACCUGAGCACCGAGAGCUCCCACAACAGCCACAGCAACUCCGACGACUUUGGGAGCCAGGUGGGGGGCAAAGGUCGCGCGCCGUCCAACAGCAGCCUGGACGAGGUGGGCAGCAGGCGGAGCACGCAGAGCGAGGAGUGCUCUACGCCACGCCGCCACGCCCUGCAAGACCUCCCACCCGGCACCGCCACAGCGGUCGCCAUCCCUCGUCAGAGCACAACAGCAGGCACCGCCCACAUCAUAAAGGUGGAGCAGCAGAGCAAAGGGGGGGCAAGGACGCCACGGUCUGCUACACACAGCGCCUCACUGCGCAGCAGCAGCAGCGCCAACACCGAGCCAACACCCACCCCUGCUGCUGGCGUCAUCAACCGCCAACCGUCCACCUGCUCUGUGGAGAAUGUGGCUCCGCCCCCAAAGAGCACCACCAAGCAGAUGCCACAGGUGGCGUCUCCAGUGGAGGCGGUGGCAGUGGCGAUGUCUCCGGUGGAGAGGACGGCGGCGUGGGUCCUCAACAACGGCCAGUACGAAGAGAAGGAGGAGGAGGGAGGGGAGAGGAGCAGGGAUGAGGGCAGGAACACAGAGAAGUACGAGCUGGAGAUCUCUCGGCUGAAGGAGCGCCUGCGCGUGUCCGGGCGGCGCCUCGAGGAGUACGAGCGGCGGCUGCUUGCUCAGGAGCAGCAGAUGCAGAAGCUGCUGCACGAGUACAAAAACCGGCUGGAGGACAGCGAGGAGCGGCUGAGGAGGCAGCAGGAGGAGAAGGACACCCAGAUGAAGAGCAUCAUCUGCAGGCUGAUGGCGGUGGAGGAGGAGCUACGGCGGGACCACGCAGAGAUGCAGGCAGUGAUCGAAGCCAAACAGAAGAUCAUCGACGCUCAGGAGAAAAGGAUCGGGUCCCUGGAUGCGGCGAACUCUCGGCUGAUGGCGGCGCUGACGCAGGUGAAGGAGCGUUACAGCACGCCCAACCUUCGCAACGGCCUGUCGCCAAGCAACCCCACCAAGCUGUCAAUCACUGAGAAUGGAGAGUUCAAGAACAGCAGCUGCUGAUUGGUCCUGCCCUGGGUGGGGGUGGGGUUUAAAGUAUAUAACUCCCCCACCCACGCGAUGAGCUGUGGACAUCAAAGAGAGAAUUUAAAGAUAUAGAAUCUAUUAACACGAGUGUAAAUACUGACGUUUGAUCUGAUGUACAGAGUGUGUGUGUGUGUGAGAGAGCGAGUGUGUGUGUGUGUGAGAGAGCGAGUGUGUGUGUGUGUGUGUGUGUGAGUGUGAGAGUCACAGAAGCACAGCAAGGAAGAAACAAACCAAAAACUGAAACGUUUUCUAAUCGAUUUUUUAUGAAUUUCUUUCGAAGCUUCUGUUUUUCGUGUCUCGUAGCGUGGAGUUCCCGUUGUUCUUGUUUUUUACCUGACGAGUUGUUUUGGGUUUUAAUUUAUUCCCCCUCGUUCUCGUCCUGUUGCUGAUCUACUGAACAGACUCCUGGAGGAUCAGGGUCAAAGGUCACGCCUGUCUGCUGUCCCCAUGUUGACAAUAAAGUCUACCUGAAAGUUUGA